UAAGUCUACACAGUAUUUUUCUACAAAAGGAAGGAGCUAUGGCGGUGAAGCUAAAUGCCGUUAACUUUCAAUCACCAAAAUGCCCCUCUUUCGCUCUUCCUCCCGUCGCCGGUUGCAGACCUCCUAAGUUCUUCAUGGCUUCUGCUCUUCCUUCUCCUUCAAAGAAAACUAAGACUCCGAAGAAUCCCUUUCGCGCUCAAGUCACACACUCAAUGCCCCCUCAAAAAGUGGAGAUCUUCAAAUCUAUGGAAGGCUGGGCUUAUGACAACGUAUUGAUUCACCUCAAACCGGUCGAAAAGUGUUGGCAGCCGCAGGAUUUCUUGCCUGAUCCGGCUUCCGAUGGAUUUCACGACCAAGUUAAAGAACUGAGAAAGAGAGCUAAGGAGAUUCCCGACGAUUAUUUAGUUGUCCUAGUUGGAGACAUGAUCACUGAGGAGGCGAUUCCGACGUACCAGACAAUGCUCAACACCUUCGAUGGCGUAAGGGAUGAGACGGGGGCGAGCUUAAGUCCUUGGGCCGUGUGGACGAGGGCGUGGACGGCCGAGGAGAAUAGACAUGGAGACCUUCUCAAUAAGUAUCUUUACCUCUCCGGGAGAGUAGAUAUGAAGCAAGUCAAGAAGACGGUCCAAUAUCUCAUCGGGUCGGGAAUGGACAUAAAGACAGAAAACAACCCGUAUCUCGGAUUCAUAUACACAUCCUUCCAAGAAAGGGCUACGUUCGUCUCCCACGGGAACACGGCCCGGCAUGCCAUGGCGCACGGUGAUAUCAACUUGGCUCAGAUAUGCGGCACUAUCGCCUCGGAUGAGAAACGCCACGAAACCGCCUACACCAAGAUAGUCGAGAAGCUCUUCGAGAUCGACCCUGACACGACCAUGCUAGCAUUCGCCGACAUGAUGGAGAAGAAAAUCUCGAUGCCCGCCCACUUUAUGUACGAUGGCCGCGACGAUAGCCUCUUCCACCACUUCUCGGCCGUCGCCCAACGCCUUGGCGUCUACACGGCAGGAGACUACGCGGACAUCCUAGAGCACUUGGUUGCGCGAUGGAAAGUUGAAAAUAUAACGGGGCUAUCUGUGGACGGGGAAAAAGCUCAAGACUACGUCUGUGGGUUGUCUCGGAGAAUUAGACGGAUGGAGGAGAGGGCUCAAGGGAGGGUGAAGAAGGCGGGAAAGAUCCCGUUCAGUUGGAUCUACGAUAGAGAAGUGCAACUCUGAGCAGGGGCGGACGCAGAAAUAAAUAACGAUAAGGGCUGAAAUUUCUAAAUUUUGUUUUAAAAUAUAUUUUUGGAUAUUUAGAA